AUGGAGGAAGAGAAGGUGACUCCUCAGCCCGUGUGCGCCAAGGAGGCGCUGGAUCUGCUCAACUGUGUGGCCGACAGUGCGUACGACCGGGAGAAAUGCCUCCGGUUGUCGGAUGAGCUUCGGAAGUGUAUUCUGGAUAAGGUGAGGUCCUUCAUUUUCCCCUCUCCGUGUUUCAACUUUUGAUGGCCCUUCACAUCUCGAGAUAAUCGUUGAUCGACAUGAUUCUCCAAGUCCCUCCCAUGGUUUCCUCCCGAGCUCUCGUGGAUGGUCUGUUUGCUGCAUCGCCCAUCGGCAGGACGGGGAAGAGGGGACGGAUCCCAUCGGGAAUGUUAGACAGCUAUCUCUCUGAUUUGCGCGAGUUUUAAAGAAUCAAUCCCUGAUUUGCAUAAAAUCAACGCUGGCUAUCGACGGCAUGCAUUCCUGCUCAAUUUCUCCCUUCAAUUCGGUGAGAUUUUUCCCCUGGUAGAAUAAAUUCUUCAAGUCGUCUUCCGGCCUAUUCACAGUGAUAAUUUUCUUCUAAGAAAAAUUGAAAAUAACGCGGAAAUAUACAAUUAUCUAAAAUCCUGUGCUCCAUCCCUGGUCGGAGGAAACUAUGUAUGAAUAAAUGUACAAUGUCAAAAAGAAGUACGAUGAAUCCGGCAGGUGGGUUUUUAUGAAUGGCGCCAUUUUCGCCUUCUAGGAGAAGGAUCAUGGCGGAUGGACAUGUACUGAUAAAGGGAUCGAAACCGAGUUAAAGAAGAUAGUUAUUAUAAUGUGAGAUGCUUUUCUUUCAAGAUUGGUUGCUGGUCCUGCUUUGUUCUUGUCCAUACUAGCCGAAGAAUGCUGGAUCGUCAUAUUUUUUAUAUUCUUUUUGUUUCAUAUAACUCUUUGCCAUGAUAUUUGCUUCUAAUGAUGGAUCAAAAUUUUUACCAUUUGAUCUGAUUGUAUUCCUCGCUGGUGUUGUUAGAUCAUUUCUCUACUAGAUACCUCUGGCGGGUAUGAUCAAGGCUUCAAUAAUAUCCACCAUUGCUGUUUCUGUGAAUCUCUCUCCUUGUUCUACUGCUUCUGUCGAAUUACCUCGCCGAUCUCUCAUAGUCGGAGCCCAAUCUUGGCUUUUGUGAACGUCCCAUUGCUGGUUUGGAUGCUCUCCCUGAUGCUCAGUAUGUAUGCCCAUUCAUGAUCAUCUAAGUAGAUAUGCUUCUGUUCUACUUAUAAUCAUAAUCUCAGUUGAUCUCUGGGUUGGAGGAGCUGCCCAUGCUUGCUAUGUAAUGAUCUUCUCGCUGUUCUGGUCCAGAAAGUGAAGAGAUUCUCCUUGGCGGAGCAGAGCCCUCCCGGGGCGCACACGACCAGCGGGGGACAAGCGGUGAGAUACUUCGGCCUCAAGAGCGAUUUCGGUCAACGCGGGCCAUUUGAGACUCAGUCUUCUUCAGAGAGACCAUGCUAUACAAUCUUGCUCUUCUCUCGAUCACUUCUGACUCGAUUGUGUGUGUGUGUGUGUGUGAGAGAGAGAGAGAGAGAGAGAGAGAGCACCAAGUUGGCAUUUUGGGCUCGUUGA